CGCCGCUGUUUUUCAUAGCCCAAAAGAGUACUUUGUGUUACAAUGAAAAGACUCUACCCAGGCGUGAUCGUCGCCGUGACCCUUUGUGGAGUUUGGAUAACUUGCAAUGCCUCCAGGCUCUGGGGAGAUGCUAUUACAGAACUGGCUGUGGAUCUGUCUCGGGCAAUUCAUUCAAGUUGCACAGAAGAAAACAUCAUUUUUUCUCCACUUGGAACUUCUUUAAUUCUUGGAAUGAUAAAACUGGGAGCCAGAGGAGCAGCACUGAGUCAGAUACAGCAAGCUUUAAAACUACAGGGAAAUCAAGACAGUGAGGAGUUUUCUGAGCUAAAAACGCUUCUUGCUGUCAUCUCUGAAGAAAAUAAAGAAUUUACAUUUAAUCUAGCAAAUGCCCUCUACCUUCAAGAAGGAUUUCAAGUGAAGGAGCAGUAUCUCCAUAGCAACAGGGAUGUCUUCAACAGUGCAAUAAAGCUGGUGGAUUUCCAAGAUGUAAAGGCUUCUGCUGAAACAAUAAGUGAAUGGGUGCAAAGGCAAACACAUGGGAAAAUCUCAAAAAUGUUUUCAAGUGGAGACUUUACCCCUCUCACGAAAAUGGUACUGGUCAAUGCCCUUUAUUUCAAAGGUGAAUGGAAACAGAAAUUCAGCGUAGAGGCCACACAUUCAGAAGAGUUUUCAGUAAAAAGGGGCCUGACAGUAAAAGUUCCAAUGAUGCAUCUACAGACGACAACAAAGCUUGGUUAUUUCUCAGUUAAGAACGCAAGCUACAAAGUACUGGAGCUGCCCUAUAAAGGUGAUAAGUUUAGUUUACUUCUAACACUACCUGCAGAAGAUGUGGAGAUAGGAGAACUGGAAAAAAUAGUGACAGCUACCAUGAUAAAAACUUGGUUUGCUGACAUGAAGGAGGAAGUGGUCGAAAUCAGUUUACCACGGUUUAAAGUUGAACAUAAAAUUGACUUAAAGAAAUCUUUUCUUAACCUGAACAUAACUGACAUAUUUAAUGAGGGCUGUGAUCUCUCAGGAAUAACAGAGUCUCCCAAUCUAUACAUUUCCAAGGUGUUUCAGAAAGUUUUUCUUGAAAUAAAUGAAGAAGGGAGUGAAGCUGCAGCCUCAACAGGAAUGCAAGUCUCUGCAAUGAGUAUGUCCAGUCACAGGUUUGCGGCCAAUCGCCCUUUUCUGUUUUUCAUAAGGCACAUUCAAUCAGGUAUGAUUUUGUUCAUGGGAAAGGUGAUGAAUCCAGAUUUUUAUGAUGCACUGGGUCGGGAUGUGGAAUCGUUAUAAAUAAAGAGAAAAUAAAUGCA